GGUGACUUCCUUUCAAACCUCGCUUUUCCCAUAACAAACGUGGCGCAACCGCUUCCGGUUCCAUACUGCGGCUACUGCCGGGCGGACUAUGGCAACCCAGGAGACCACUCCAGGUAGUCAGACAGAGGAGAGCAAUGCCUUGGACCUGCCAUCAGCUUAUGACAUAAGGGAUUAUGUGUUGCAGAGACCCAGCCAGGAGACCAACAGUGAGGCUUUUAGUUCCGAGGAAGCUUAUUCUAUUCCUUGCUCUUCUGAUGUGGAUCCAGAUAACAGUAACCUAAAUACUGAGCAAAAUGAUUCCUGGACCUCUGAGAACUCCUGGCUUUACCGUUCUGUGAAGGGCCAACCAGAAACCAAGGAAGAGGAUGAUGGACUUCGGAAAUCUCUGGAUAAAUUCUAUGAAGUAUUUGGCAAUCCACAGCCAGCAUCUGGAAAUUCACUCUCUACAUCUGUCUGCCAGUGCCUGUCUCAGAAAAUCAAUGAACUGAAGGACCAAGAGAACCAAAAGUACACCCUCCGCAGUUUUCAAAUUGCUCGGGUCAUCUUCAACCAGAAUGGCUGCUCCAUCUUACAGAAACAUUCCAGGGACGCCCACUUCUACCCACUCAGAGAAGAAAGUACAUCUCUACAGGAUGAAAAGCUGAUGCCAGGACUUUCAAAAGAUAUUAUUCAUUUCCUCUUGCAGCAGAACUUGAUGAAAGACCAGUAACUGGUCCCUGGUGGUGAGAGCAGGUGUGUGGGGGCAGGAGGGAGGUGUCCCUGUGGCCAGUACCAUUGGUGCAUCUCCCAGAACCCAUCGGGUCUCUUGCCAGCUUGGUGUGCCCAGCCCCCAGCUAAGUGCUUUGCAGGCCAAGGGUGGCAUCUGUGAUCUGGUCCUGGAGCCAGUCUAGCCCAGAUGGAGAGCCGGCAGUGUCUGGUGGUUUUAUUGCCUUUAGGCCAUCCCUUUGACCUAAGGCCAGUGACCCAAACCACCUAAGUGGUUUGGGAGUCCAAAAGUCCAUCUUCCUUCUUUCCAGGAAGGACAUGCUCUGAGGCAUGAUUCAAGCUCAAGAGCUCCCCUCCUGGUCAGGUCAAAGCUGGCGUUUCACUAUCUCACCCUUUCCUGGCUCCUUCGUUUCCCCGCCCUCCUUCUCUCAUUCAAUUACUGAUGUCUCCUGGGAGUAUUUCCAUAAUAAAUCUCCUAUACCUGAACCCUUGACUCAGAGUCUGCUUCUGGAAGAACCUGACCUAAGAGAACAGUCUUCCAUUUGAUGAGUUUUUUGGUUUGUUGGGUUUUUUUUUUUUUUGGCCCCACUGACUAGGGAUAGAAUCUGGGCCCCCUGUAGUGGAAGUGUGGAGUCCUAACCACUGGACCGCCAGACAAGUCCCUUGAUGAGUUAGGUGUUUUGAAGGGUACAAAGCCUUAUGCUGAAUCAAAUAUAAGAAUUCAAUAAAGUUGUAAAACUGUGACCAUGUGACUGUGAA